CGGGGUCAGAUCUCAGGAUUUGAAAGAGGUCGAAAACAUGACCCAUGACCAGAAUUUCCGGCUCCUGAACGUCGAGUGAAUCUUGACUGUUUCACUCAACCCCCGAGUCCCUUCUCCUCAUGAUGGCUUCUCUGAGUAACGUUCUUCAUAUCAUCAUGUGCUUUCGAAAGCGCCAGCCCUCUCAUGAUGAGAGCCCAAUACCAGACAUCCCCCCCGAGAUUCCCAUGCCGGCAUGUCAAGACAGCAACCGCCCCAGCAGCUUUGGCGGCCUAGUCAGCCAACACAACCUCCAGAGAAUCGGCAUCCCACCCCUCAAAACCGAGUCCAUCACCAACAAUGACAAGCUCUCAGCCGUCUCACAUGUGUCCGGUGCGACCCGGAAUCCCCCACCGAUUCGCACGCCACAGGAGAUGGCCAACGUACCCAAGAACGUGCUCCUAGAAGAAGUCCUUGGCGGCCUGCGGCAACUAGCCGCGUCCCCGACCCCCUUGACACCUACCAGUGUUCGACGAAAGUACCCGAUUUCCAUGACUGAGCAGCGACAUCCAGGGAAACCUGACGCAAAAAUCCAUUGGAGCACAAAGCCAUUUGAGGUUCCGAGGGACGCAGUGACCCCGGAACUUCCCAUGUCGGAGAAGGGUGACCCUCUGGCAGAGGCCCGUUAUGUCUCUGGUAUUCCUCUGGCGUGCCUGAUGGCUGGGCUGAUGUUUGCGGUGUUUUUGACUUCGAUUGAUAGAACGAUUAUAUCAACGGCUAUUCCGAAUAUUACCGAGGAGUUCAAGUCAACACCGGAUAUUGGCUGGUAUGGCUCAGCAUAUAUGCUCACAGCCUGUGCCUUUCAGCCCAUGUUUGGUCGCAUCUAUACGAUUUUCUCUGUUAAAGUCUCGUAUCUGGUAGCCGUGUUUCUCUUUGAACUGGGAUCGUUACUCUGCGGUAUAUCACAGACGUCCAUGACUUUGAUCAUCGGGCGAGCCAUUGCAGGGCUGGGGUGUGCAGGCAUCCUCACUGGGAGCUUCGUUGUCGUUUCAACCACGAUUCCGUUGCAUUUGAGGCCUGUUUUCAUUGCUAUUGUUGGGCUAAUGUUUGGGAUCGGUGCUUCCCUUGGACCCCUGCUGGGUGGUGUUUUUACAGACUUGGUGACAUGGCGAUGGUGCUUCUACAUCAACCUCCCCGUUGGCGGUGCCACAGCCGCGGCCAUGAUGAUUUUCUUUCAUCCAGCAAAGAACAAGGGAGCCAACCGGCCAUUCUGGCAACGUAUCUUGGCCUUGGAUAUCCUUGGAAAUGCGCUUCUCCUGGCGGCGUCCAUCAUGCUCUUCCUGGCGCUCGAGUACACAACCCAGGGGGUGGCCUGGUCAAGUGCAGAGGUUAUCGGACUCUUGACUGGGUGUGGCGUCGUGGCCGUCAUCUUCAUGGCGUGGCAAUGGUGGAAAGGAGAUGAGGCGCUGAUGCCGCCUCGGAUUGUCACUCAGCGUACGGUGGCUGCUUCUUGCGGUAUGGCGUUCAUGACCUAUGGUGCGCUCAUCAACCUGACCUUCUUCUUGCCCAUCUGGUUCCAAGCAAUCAAGGAUGACAGCGCUAUUGGUUCGGGUGUCAACAUGAUCCCCUACUUUUUGGUAAACGCCUUCUUUUCGCUCUUGGCUGGCAUAUUUGUCACCAGGAUCGGUUACGUCACGCCUCCAGCCGUGAUUGGAAGUGCUAUCGGUACUAUUGGUCUUGGAUUGCUGACGCUCUUGAAUCCGCGCACCACGACGGGGCAGUGGGUGGGCUACGAGAUGGUGUGCAGUGUAGGGUUUGGCAUGUCGAUCCAACAGGGAUUCACAGCUGUUCAGACGGUACUUGCGGAGGACGACAUGGCGGUUGGAACAGCAGCGGUGGUGGCGUCACAGUCGUUGGGAGGCGCCAUCAUCCUAUCGAUCGGAAACAGCGUGUUUCAACACCAGCUCUUGAAGGCAUCAGAGGCUAAUAUCCUGCCCGGAGUCGACAUCAAGAAGCUUAUCGAUGUCGGUGCGGCUUCAUUCCAUAAUCUUGUACUGGAUGAUGAGCUGCCAUUAAUGUUGGAGGUGUACAAUGCUGCACUGCGAUUGGUGUUUAUUGUGGGCAUCCCCAUGGGUGCAAUGGCUGCCAUCAUUUCGUGCUUCCUCGAGUUCAAGUCAGUCAAGGCGAACAAGGAGGGUGAUGUGGCGAAAACUCGUGCCGAGGAUGUCGCGCAAAAAGCGUAA